GCUCCUGGCCUCCGCGGCUCCCUCAGCGGGCGCGCCCGAUCUUCUGCGCCCCGCCUGCCCCGGGAUCAAAGAUGAUGAUUCCAUCAGGAGAGUGUACAUAUGCCGGUAGGAAGAGAAGGAAACCCAUUCAGAAGCGGAGGCUUACCAUGGGAGCUGAGAAAUCAAAUCCUUCCAAACGGCACCGGGACCGCCUCAAUACAGAGCUGGACCACCUGGCCAGUCUGCUGCCAUUUUCACCUGACAUCAUCUCCAAGCUGGACAAGCUUUCUGUCCUGCGCCUCAGCGUUAGCUACCUCAGGGUGAAGAGCUUCUUCCAAGCCUUGCAGGAGACUUGUGUAUGGUCAGCUCCAGCCCUGUCACCUGAAGACCACUCAUACAGAGGGUUCCCUGUGCAGGAAGGACGGCUGCUGCUGGAGUCUCUCAAUGGCUUCGCUCUGGUGGUGAGUGCAGAAGGGAUGAUCUUCUACGCGUCGGCAACAAUUGUGGACUAUCUGGGCUUCCAUCAGACAGAUGUAAUGCAUCAAAACAUUUAUGACUACAUCCACGUGGAUGACCGGCAGGACUUCUGCAGACAGCUACACUGGGCCAUGGACCCUCCUCAGGUGGUGUUUGGGCAGUCCCCACAUGCUGACACAGACAAUACUGUCCUGGGGAAGCUGCUCAGGGCCCAAGAAGGGGGCAAGGGCUUGCCCUCAGAGUACUCGGCCUUCUUGACACGCUGCUUCAUUUGUCGUGUUCGCUGCCUGCUGGACAGCACCUCUGGCUUUUUGACUAUGCAGUUCCAAGGAAAACUAAAAUUCCUGUUUGGACAGAAGAAGAAGACGCCAUCAGGAACAGCCCUGCCUCCUCGGCUCUCAUUGUUCUGCAUUGUAGCUCCAGUCCUGCCUUCUGUGACUGAGAUGAAAAUGAAAAGCACAUUCUUGAAGGCGAAGCACAGGGCAGACAUUGUGGUUACAAUGGACUCAAGGGCAAAAGCUGUUACAAAUCUGUGUGAAUCAGAAUUGCAUCCCAAACUCAAUUACUUAGCAGGAAGGAGCAAUGGAGAAAAUGGCAUUUCACUGUUCAGGGGACAAACAGAUAGGAGCCACUGGGCCCGGGCUCUAGCCAGGUCUUCAUGCCUGUGCCUCAGGGGUGCUCCUGACCUGCUGGACCCCAAGGGGGCUUCAGGGGACAGAGAAGAGGAGGACCAGAAGCACAUACUAAGGAGAUCCCCUGGAGCCCGGGGGCCCAGGGAGAUGCACAAGUACAGUUAUGGCUUGGAGACACCAGUACACUUGAGGCACCUGAAUUGGAGCACAGAACAACAAAGUCAGGAGGGCACUACCAAGCUGACUCGACAGCCCAGUAAGAAUGAGCCAUCCACAUGUUUGGUGCCCCAUGGGUCCUGUGUGUCCUACCCUGGAAACCAGGCUAUGUUCAGUGCCAACAACAUGGCUUCUUUCAGAGAUUCACUAGACCAUCCCACUGGUACCUACUGCAGUCAGAUGAACAGACCCUUGCCGGAUAUCCAUCAGGGGCAGGUGGAUCUUUCCACCUGUCAUAUCCCCCAGGGCAGUCUGGGAUCUAGGAUCCCUCUGCCUGGAAUGCAGCGCUUCACAGCCAGAGGAUUUUCUACAGAGGAUGCAAAAUUGCCCAGCCUGCCAGUGACCAUAGGCACCCCAUGCAACCCAGUAUUGUCACUGGAAGUGCCAAUCAAGAUGGAGAAUGAAUCUGGGUCCCAGGAUAUAGUUGAAACCAGCACAACUAGCUGUGUGUGGCUGGGAACCAGUGACAUGGCCAGAAGACAUCUGGUCGGUUUCCCUGCCAGGAUGCACUUGAAAACAGAGCCCGACUACAGGCAGCAGGUCUGUACCCCACACCUUGGGCAUGGUAUGGUGGGAACUAAUCCCCACAGCAGAGAUACUGUUGGAUCCUGUAGGGAGCAUGCUCCUCUUUACUCUGCACAUUGCACCUGCCUGGAUCCAGAGCCUCCUCAUCACCUCUUCAUGUGUAGCCACAGUGAGAGCCAGCACCCCUCUUUGGACCAAGACUGCAGAGCUCCUAUUGUUAAGCGUGAGCCUCUGGAUUCACCGUCAUGGGCUGCUCCUGGUCAGGUGACUGUGCCCAGGAUGUUCCCUAAGAGUGCCUCUAUAACUGUGAUCCCAUCCAAAGGCUCCGAUGGGACUUUCCUAUCCUAGAGUUGCUGUUCUGUUGGAAACUCAGUCCUUGGAUAAUGGAACAUGAUCAGAGAUUCUUAUAGUAACACUCUUUACAGAACUUAGUGAGGCUGAGAUUCCCUGUGUGUAGCCUAGCAGUAGUACAUUCUGAAUCAAAAAGAACAUCAGAGGAUUCGCAUGCAUAAACCUCAAUCUGUUCAAGCGGACAGCAUUUCACUUUGAGAAAUUGAAAUGUUUAAGGAAGUAGAUAACAGUAUUCUAUGCUGGGCAGGACUCAACUGAUUGUCAAAGUGAUGUGUUCCUGGUGCCCAAGCUUGCUACACCUCCUGCCUGUAUGCAGCAGGAAUUCUGGGGCUCUUAGUCAGGAACUGAGGCUGUACUUUGCAUAAUGGUAGUUAGGGAAACACCAUGGUGCUUUUGGUGGGUUGUUGAGUAUGGUUUAUGUACCUGUGUCCCUGAGUACAUCAUAUGGUAGAGGCCAGGAACCAAGGCAGCACAACACACAGAAAAGGGUGAAGCCAUACUGAUGAAGAGGCUCUGCCUGCCUGCCUGCCUGCCUGCCUGCCUGCCUGCCUGCCUGCCUGCCUGCCUGGUUCAAAGUCUUCCUCUGGGAUGAACAUCCAUCUCUGAUGCUCCUUCUCCUGAGGUCUUAGGAAUGGCAGGAGCUUGCUGGAACAGCCUUGUGGCUAAUUCUACUAGGUAGUCUCUUCAGCAUAGAUUUUCUUUCCUUUACCUAUGGCUCCAGGGUAUCAUUGCUUAGCACUGGCUUAGUGAAAAAAGCCUAUCACCUCACCGGAAUCAGGUUGAAUGGGCAAGACUAGGUCUUCUGCCCAGCUUUUGAGCUGUCUGUCUCUCAAGAAGACUCACCACAGGACAAGGAUACAACUUAAGAUCUCCUAGAACUGAGAGUACUCACUGUGAGAGCCCAGGGCCUUGUGCUCUCUCUGUCCCUUAGCCCACAGAGAAUUUUCAAAGGGCAAGUAGGAGCUGUGCUGUCAUAGAUGUAACACAUGCUCACACCUCACUCCAGCUUCCCCGUUACCUGAAGCCUGAAGCCAGGAUGAUGUCCCAGUUCCUCCCUCCAUGCCCAGCCACCUGUCUCCCUCCUUUCCUCAAACUGUGUCAGUCCCGGCUUAUACAUUUCUGCCAAGCAUAGCACACCCUGUGGGUAUUAAUGAAUAACAACAGUUAGAAUUCGAGUCUUCCUCAACACUUCCUGUUCUAAACACAUACCCAGCUCCUAAGGGCAGGACAUGGUCACAUCAGUCAAGCGUCUUCCAAUCUAGUAUUUCUCUCUGAAAGUGCUUAGCUAGAUCUCCAUUCUAAGCCAUACUCCUUAUUCCAUACACGUCCUAUACAAGGAGCAGAGAACACAGCAGACUGUUCCGUUCCAAUGUAUACAACAUUUACCAAGUGUCCUGGAGCCAGUGAGAGAAACCUAGGGAAAGGGGUCAUGAAGAUGGAAUUCAGAGACGUAAUUGGACAUGGUGGCACGCAUUCCAGCACUUGAGAGAUUGAAGCAGGAGAGCAGUUCAAGCCUACAUCAGACCUUGUCUCAAACAAAAUAAAACAAAAUACAUUACUACAUAUUUACAAAUUUUAGCCAGAUCCCCAUCCCCUUGCUAUGUAAUCAAAGAAGAGCUGUGUCUGCAGUGAAGUCCAUAUGACCUCUGCUCAGGUAUUCUGCACCUUUCAGAAGUACCUCACCUGCUCCCCUGCUGGGAUGGCUUACCAAAUGUGGAGUAUGAGCAGCUCAACUGGGACCUGGGCUUCCUUGCAGGUCAGGCUUUGUGAACACUGAGUUCUCCACUUGGAUGUCAUUUCAGCAGAUUUUGUGUUUGGUGGUGGUGGUGGUGGGGGGUUGUACCACAUCACAUGGCAGGCUUUAUCCAAACACCUGGUGCCAAUGCUGUUGAAGGAAGCUCAAAUCUCCCAAACCUGUACUUCUGCUCAUUCAUCACAAAUCUCCAGUCAGCUUGCACAGGAAGUGAACAAAGACUGUUUCUGCUUUAGCGUUUUUAGCAUUUCACCAUAUACACUAACUACAGGUUCAUGCUUUUUGUGAUAGCUAGCUUUUGUCUAUAUGGCUAAAAAAUAUCAAAAAUUAAAUAUAAUGAGAGAUGGGCUGGGGAGGAAUAAAUACAAAGUGCCUUUAUAUUUGCAGUUUCUACUGGGGGAAAGCCCUCAAGAUCUAGACCUAGUGAACUUUAAGCAUACACUACAGUGCAGCUGUCUGUGUUAUUUUCUUGGUGCUCUGUUUUAACAGAGAAUCCAAAUGCAUUUCUCAUGUGGUAGUUUUUUACUACAUUUGCAAAACCUGUGUAAAAUAAAUCUCAUGUUUCUAUGUA